CAGACAUCAAUCCGACGGAGCAGUUAGGGGAGAGACUUCAUUGAGCUGUGACGGGUGCUGUCGAGUCUGGAUGGUGAGCAUGUUGUGUGUGUGCCAGCAGUGGGCCUACACCGAACUUCACUGAUUGGUUGUGGCAACGAAAUUAACAGAUGAAAGUUUUCGGUCGUAUAGAUUGGGAGUCUUGACAGCUCGCUUGGAAAUAACAGAAAAUGGGUUCCACCUUCGGUUGUCAGCACUUGCAGAUCAACAAUCUCUGGUCGGUUUGGUACUGCACCAUGGCGUUGGCCUUUCAGAUUUACAUCAUCGUUAUCAGUAUACGCCAUUUCACGGACUAUAUAUCACUCCCUUGGCCCAUUCACGAUCAACCUUACUUCGAACUUAACGCUUACGUUGGAUUUAUCGGAGCGGCCGUGGUCAUGCUGCCUUUCUUCGUAGUGGCCGCUCUUCUUAAGAUCGGUAAUUAUGCCAACGAUGGCUACAAACUGGGUGGUGCCGAUCACCUGCAAUCGGCGGUCUAUCAGAACCUAAAAAGGAAAAAGUGCUCGCAUUGGUUGAGGACAAUCUGGAGACACGGUGGACCCACCGCACCCUUUUUGCAUCUGGCAGCUGCUUUUUGCCUUUUGUUACCCAGGUUAUUGAUUCAUGCUCAAUUAAUUAAACAUGGAUUCGUGGCUAAAGAUGGACUGUGGAAAACAGAUCUGGACUUUUUGAUGACUCAUCGCGAACGACUGGUAGCUCUUAGCUUCUUGUCGACAGUUAACGAGACAGAACUGUGGCAAAGAGAAUCAGCAGACCUGAAGAAUGCUAAAAAUCUAGACUUGCAACUGGACGACAUUCCUCCAAUCUCGUCAGAAUACCUUAAUUACGCUACGGCGCUCUUGGUGUAUGCAGUAAGGUACCCUUCGGUUUUUUGGAAAGUCAAUAAGUGUUUCGGACUUAUCUUCUCUUUCCAACUCAUCUUAAAUGGCCUGCAACAGCUACUAUCCUUCACAGGUUUUGCCGUUUUGUAUAAAGUGCAGAUAUAUGGCCCCAGGACUAUCCUUCUUCGAUUUACGCCUCUUUUACUUAACGUGCCACUAUCCGUGUUGUUGUUUUUAGUUUACAAUAUCAUCAUGACGCUCUCUGGCUCUGUGCUUUACAUGUACGGAUUGCAAAAGCAUCGAGAGUGGUUAGAUAGGGAUGUACAGAAACAUCAUGUGACUUGGAAGAACGAAGCCAAGAGGCUGUGGGGUUAUAUCCCUCACGUUAGUGCAUUUUUAGUAGUACUGAUGAUAGCCCUGUCUGCCGCGCCGCUUAUGUAUGACUACACUUUAGUGUACUGUGGAAGUUUAGACGGUGCGGUGCUGGCAGCUGUCACCGGUACGGUAAUGCAUCUUUUCUUGUGGAUUGUGUUCUGGUUGAUGCUGACUGUGAAACAAAAAUGGAGUUUCGCUUCCGAAUCUAUGCCCUACGCUCAUUCCAUGUGUAAUGGAUAUGCGGGAAAAACUGCUAACGAAAGCGUAGAAGGAUACAGAAGAGGUAAAGAAGCUCCACUUUUGGUAAUAGACAAUGGCCAAACGUUUCAGGUACGAGAGAAAAUGUCGAAGAAAGCUAUAUUGAGCGUGGCGCAGAAAUCUGCUACUUCCAGGAAACAACCCACCCCGAGUGAUGAUGAUGAUAUAUAUUGGCUGAAACCUAAACCUCCAUCUCCUAAAGACACUAAAAGCUCUCCGGAAACGGACAGAUUGACUUGGCUAAAGAAUCAAAGGAAAUCUCCAGGAACUAAACAUAAAGUCACUUUCGACGAAGGCCUCCUUAGUAGUAAUUCCUGUAAACGCACCAGGUCAUUGAAAUCGCCUAAAAAUUCUGGGAAGCACAAGAAGAACGUUAAAUUAGAAGAUCUGUCGGAUUCAAACUCGGAAGAAGGCGAUUAUGCCACUCUAAAGGAUUUGCCUCCUCCACCGCGACCAGACGAAGAUGGCUUUGAAGUGCAGAGCCAAGAUGACGUGACGGAUAUGAAAAAGUUGGAUGAUGGUGAUUACGAAUUACUUCUGGAGGAGAACCCGCCCAUUCGUCAAAUUAAUGCACCGGUUGUAGUACACAGUGCCAACGGCCUAAUCGGGGGUAACAUCACACCAAAGAGUACCAGGAGCACGGAUUCCGGAGCCAGUAAAGGCAGCGUGGAUCAAAAUUUGACCCCUCGUUCGGGCUCAGUCAGCGAAACUUCUACCACUCCCGAUCGAGGAGGAGGAAGUGAUUCUUCCAGUGGUGUCCACUCUAAUUCUAGCGGGGGUGGCGAUAAGCGGUCUACUAGUAUGGAAAACUUGACACCCAUCAGUUUUCCCAGACACGCGUGGAAGAGCAUGUCUCUUCAACGUAAUAUUGCCACCCCCGGGGUCUUGAUGCACGGCAACCAGACUUACAAACCGGAUGCUGGGAUCUACUACGACCCUCGCGAGACCACAAUGGUGAUAUGGAGGAAGCCAAAAUUAAGUAAAGAUGCAGCAAGUACGGGUGAACCGUUCGGCAGAGCAACUAAUAUCAGAAUGACUUCUUUCUCGGACCAACCCGACUACGGACCAAAGACUGCUCCCACUUCGCCCAGACAGCUGAUCAACCAAAAUAGGAACCACACGCUGGGCCAUUACAGCAAACCUCUCAAUCCUCAUCUCAUGAUGGCUCCCGGAGUGCAGAUGCAGAGGAGGGACUCUGCCAAUUAUUCUCUAACUUCUUCGGGUGAAUCCGACAAUUACAUGUCUCAAUGUUGACAAUCUCGAACCAGGCAAUAAGAUGUGCAAUGCGGAGAACGGAAUUUAUUUUUUUAAAG